AUGGUGCUCCGGGAGCUGAAUGAUCUGCGGGUGAAGCUAGAAGUGUCUAGAUUCUGGAAAGCUACUGAUCUUUAUGGUAAAGAGGUAGUUAGGGAGCAAGGGGUGCCGGUAGCUGGAAGGAGGCAGCCGGGUGCUCUCACUCGCUCUCUGCUCCAGUCGCUGUUGGGGGUUCCAGGCGGCGUGACACGCUGCACUUUUCCUAGGCGGUGGCCACCAGAGGAUUCCCGCAGCCGACUCCCGUUCCACUGGCGACUUCCUGUUUACCCCCAGAGGAUGCGCCCGGCCACUGGAGGUGAAGCAAGCGCAAAGUCCAAAGUCAGCCCCCAGUGCCGCCAACGUCCCCGAGAGCCCCUCUCCCUCGCCCGAGCCUGCGCCAGCCCUGGGAGCAAUGCGCCCCUGGCCAGAUGGUGCACUCUCUGCCAAAUCGCCACCCAUGGGAUCCACUGCCCUCGGUUGCCCCGCUUGGAGCUCGUGGCCUUCACCGUGUGGCCCGAGUGA